AUGCCAGCACUCAAGUCCAGUCGAAACAUCAAUCCAGCCUUUUUGAGACGAGAUCGACAACGAAAUGUCUAUCAGAAUACUACCAAAGAAGUCCAAGAUACAACGGAUGAAGUGAAUACCGACAACGACAAUGAUGACGGUGACAGUGACGGAUUAUCUUGGAAUCAACGAGUGAGCUAUGGCAUGGCAUCGGUGGACCUUUCCACCAAAUGGAUGGAUUUGGUGCAACGAGAACAAGUGGCUGUCACAACGACUGUUCCAGCCAACAAUGACACAGACAAUGAAAUAAUGAUUGAUGUGCGAUAUGGAGUGCGAUUGCAUCCACACAUUCCCAAUUCCUUUAUGGAAUUUGUAGAACCACCAGCCAGUGACAGUGACAAUAAUCAUACUACUGCAACUGAACCCAUGCAUCCCAAAAUUGCCGCCAUGAAUCAAACACUCCAACAAGCCGCUGGAUUGCUACCAGAAGACAAGGAGUCUACUUCUAGUACAGGCAUUCAAUGUCGCUUCGAUGGACCGUUUGCCGCCCAAUUGCAACUGGUACGGACGCUCCGACCGCCACCGUCGCCGGGGUUUGGAUCCAAUAAUGCCCAAAAUGAGGAAUUCCGAACCACCAGCACUCCACCUUCUUAUGAUGCCUCCACCGAUUCCUUUGUCACGGGACCCUUGCGGUUGGCACUCCGUCCGCGCGUGGCACGAUUGUCGCUGCCACCGUUGACCACCGAAUGGGAUGUCUAUCACAAUAUCAGUCCCGCCGAUGUGCGAGGGCAUUUUCUCCUCGUGCCCAAUUUGGACGAUUCGCCCGACAUCAAUUGGAGAGGGCAGGCGUUGGUUGAGGCGGAUUGUCAUGAUUUGGUUCGAUUGACGGCAUCGAUUCGACCCAUUGGAAGUUUACUGGUCUGUUUUAACAGUGUCGGAGCGGGAGCGAGUCAAAAUCAUAUUCACUGUCAUUUGUGGCCGACUCCGCCUGUUCCAUUGCUCAUGAUGAACGAGUUCAAUCAGCAGCAACAACAGCAACAACCAACAGACACUGCAGCAAAAGAGAGCAACAAUGAUGAUGAUGAUGAUGAUCAUGUUCAUGAUGAUCAUGAUCACGAUGAUCAUGAUCACGACCAUGCAGAAGUGGAAAACAUGGAUCCAUCAUCCUAUAAAGCCAUUCAUCAUGGUUGGUCCUGCUAUGCAGCAUCACGGGUCAAUUCCAUUGUGGAUUUUGCCGACAUUAUGGCACCUUGUUCCGCAACAUCCAGUGAUGAUGAUGAGGAGGAGCCAGAAUCCUUGGUGGAAGUCAGCUAUUUGGACUAUCCCUGCUUUUGUGUCCAACUUUCCACGGGGUCCACCACGACACCCGCCAAAACGGUAGAAUCCUUGCACGCUGUGAGCAAGGCUCUCUGGACCGUACUGUCGUGUAUCGGGGAUGCACCGCACAAUGUUUGCAUGGUCAAUCGACCCAUCAGCACUUCCAGUAGUGACAACAACAAUGCCGACGACAACCAGGACACUGCGAGCAGCAGCAGCAAUAAUGAUGGAUGCGUCAAUGUGGAUGUGUUUGUCUUUGUCCGGUCCCGAGAACGAUCGCCCAACAUUGUACCGGCGAGCAAGGCAGGAGCCAGUGAAAUGAUGGGCGUCUUUCAUUGUCACAAUCUACAACAAUUGGAAGAAUUGGCACAACAACAAGCCGGCCAAAAACCAAAAUCGCCCAUGGCACAAGUCCUAGAAGACGUCUCGCACGAGAAUCCAGCCGAACUUUGGGAUAGCAUCAAGGAGGCGCUUGAAAAGGAGGGAUAG